UCUCUGAGGAUUCAGAAUGCCAAAUUGAAAGGCCUGAGGAGGAGCUCCAGAAUCACUAACAAAAAUCAGACGUCCAACAUGUUCGAUGGCCUCAGCACCAACACUGUGCGGUCGGUGCUCAAGACAGUCAACGAGAUGAAGAACAAGAAACGCCUCGCUACCAGCAGAGAAGGAAAAAUCUACUCCAAAGCCCAGAGGAGCAUGACACCUCUGCCCCUUGCACUGCUCUCUGACACUGAGCAAGACAAUGGUGAGGGAGACAUAGUCGAGGACCAGGGCAGUGACUGUGGCCAGAGCGUCGACGCCAAAACCAGCCGUGCCUCGUCACUGUACAACGCUGGGGGCAACGAUUUGUUCAAAGGCACUUUCCGGAUCAGUGCCUCAGGUCCAAACAUCCCACGAAGAGACAGCUUCAGACCAACUCCAUCUCCCUGGGUGAACAAAGUCGACUCUGGAGAAGACUCGGACGAUUCUGACAUCCGGAGUGCUAUGGCCAGGUGUCGCCCUCUGAACCUGAACCUCCUCCGGACGCAGCGAGACAAACUGAGCUCUGGGGCCAGACUGGCUGAUAUCGACCCCAUGGCCAUUGACCAAUCAGUUGGCUUUGACAGUAUCGGUGGUCUGUCCGAACACAUCUCUGCUCUGAAGGAGAUGGUGGUAUUUCCCCUGCUUUAUCCCGAAGUCUUUGACAACUUCAAGAUCCAACCGCCCAGAGGCUGCCUGUUCUACGGUCCCCCAGGCACAGGGAAGACGCUGGUGGCCCGAGCUCUAGCCUCCGAGUGCAGUCAGGGUUCUCGUAAAGUGGCCUUCUUUAUGAGGAAAGGAGCCGACGUCCUGAGCAAGUGGGUGGGCGAGUCGGAGAGACAGCUGCGCCUGCUGUUCGAGCAGGCCUAUCAAAUGCGUCCCUCCAUCAUAUUCUUUGAUGAGAUCGAUGGUUUGGCUCCCGUUCGCUCCAGUCGACAAGACCAGAUCCACAGCUCCAUCGUGUCCACGCUGCUGGCGCUGAUGGACGGGUUGGACAGUCGGGGCGAGGUGGUCGUGAUCGGAGCCACAAACCGCCUGGACUCCAUCGACCCUGCGCUGAGACGACCAGGACGCUUCGACAGAGAGUUCUUGUUUGGGCUGCCCGACAGAGAGGCUCGUGCCGAGAUCCUGAAGAUCCACACACGUCAGUGGAGUCCACUUCCAUCAGAUGACUUCCUGCAGGAACUGGCAGAGAAAUGUGUUGGUUACUGCGGUGCAGACAUCCGUGCAGUGUGCACGGAGGCGGCUCUGUGUGCGCUCCGCCGCAGAUACCCUCAGAUCUACAGCACGUCGCAGAAGCUGCUGUUGGACGUUAGCUCAAUCUCUGUGACCAGCACAGACUUCAUAAACGCCAUGAGGAAGAUGAGUCCAUCUGCACACCGGUCCAACGCAUCACCUGCCAAACCUCUGUCUGCCACUGUCCUACCCCUGUUAUCUGCCGCUCUACAUGGGGCACUACAGAGAGUGCAGAGGCUGUUCCCCCAUGCCGAGCAGGUCAAGAGGAAGAGAGAGCCAGCGCUCACAGCUGGUCUCCAUGAUGACGGAGUGAUGCCCGGAGGAGACGAGAGCGGCGCCAGUAUCUCUGCCUCUGGGAAAACUCACAAAUUUCUGCACUUUGCCAGGAGCGCGGUGCGACAGCCCACCUCUCACCGGCCGCGCCUGCUCCUCGUGGGAUGUCCCGGCCAGAGUUCUCACCUGGGCCCCGCCCUCCUCCAUGCACUGGAGAGGUUCCCUAUGUACAGCCUCGAGACCACAGCGAUCCAUGGGGUCAGCAGCACCACGCCAGAGGAGGCCUGCGCUCAGGUUUUCCGUGAGGCUCAACGCACCUCCCCCAGCGUCCUGUACCUGCCUCAUGUGCAGCAAUGGUGGGACAUGGCAGGAGACGCUCUCCGCUCCUCUUUCCACACUCUGCUGUUUGGGAUCCCCUCCUUCACCCCCAUCCUCCUACUGGCCACGAGUGGCAUCAAGUUCUCAAAUCUGGACCUUGAGGUCCAGUUGCUGUUCCGCGAGACGUACGGAGAGGUGUUCUCCCUCACGGCCCCUUCCCGCACAGAGAGGACUGAAUUUUUCAGUGACCUCAUCCUGAGACAGGCUGCUGAAGCCCCGCCCUCCUGCAACACCUCAUCACGACGUCUGGAGAUCCUGCCUCUGGCUCCACCCCCUCCGCCGCAGCAGCUCUCAGAACAAGAGCGCCACCGUCUGGAGGAGCAGGAAGAGGACGUGCUGCGCGAGCUCCGCCUCUUCCUGCGAAACAUUACCGAGAGGCUGUCCCUGGACCGACGGUUCAAGACCUUCACCAAGCCAGUGGACAGUGAGGAGGUGCCAGAUUACGCACUGGUGAUCAAACAGCCCAUGGACCUGUCCACUCUACUCACUAACAUCGACAAGCACAAAUACAUCACUGUGAGUGAGUUUGUGACAGAUGCCGAUCUCAUCUGGAAGAACGCGCUGGAAUACAACCCAGACAGUGACCCAAUGGACCCGAACAUCCGGCACCGCGCCUAUGCCUUGAAGGACACUCUGCACGCCAUCAUCAGAGAUGACCUCGACCACGACUUUGAGCGCGUGUGUCAGGAGGUCAAGGAGAGCCGCAUGAGAAGAGCUGCUGCUCUGAACUACGACUCAGAGGACGCCCACCUGCGCACGAUGAAGAGGAAGCGUUCUCGUCGAAAAUCCAAAUGGAGCACUGGCGUCAUUCCCAAACCUAAGAAAAAGAAGCCUGCUGUGGCUCCACCUACAGCCUUGUCUGAGUCUUGCUCCUCGCUCUCGUCUCUGUCCGAGUGCUCCGAAAAUGGCCACACCCCCAAUGCACAGCUCAACGGCUCUGAAUGCCGCUCAGAGCAUCGCCUGACCAACGGCUACCACAUGACGGCCCUCCCUCCCACAGCUGCACUGCGUCUGAACCCCGGAAGAAGAGCUCUGAGCUCAGGGAGUCCAGGGAGAAGAGAGUGUCAGAGGAAACUGGCUGAUAAAGUGGUGAAUGAACAGAUGCAACUGCUGAACAAAGAGCGAGAAAACGGAUGCAAAACCACUGCAGAGCCCCUGGUGGUCGACCACAGCAAACUCAAGGAUCUGCUGCAGCGUGUGGUGGUGAAGACAGAUGGUGCUGAAGUGGAGUGUCUAGAGAAACUGUAUGCCGUUCUGGCUCAGUGUAUUUACCGUCACCGUGACAACGCUGACAAGUCCAACCUCAUCAAGGAAAUGAAGAGAGAGAUCGAGAGUUUCUUCUGAGUUUAUUUUAAGAAUAAAGUCUAAAUGCAUCAGAAAUGUAAACCUCGUUUCCUGUCACUUUAACUCAGAAUACCUCAGCAAUUAUUAUUUAUUAUAAGUAUUAUAUAACAUGUAACAUUUAAGACAGAUCUAUAUAUUUAUAUGUAUUUAUGUUUGUUAUGAUGCAGUGUCUCAUUAUGGCUUUGUGAACGUAAUCAUCGUGUCAUUU